AUGGCCCGGGCGAUUGUAGAAAAGAAAUGCUUCUCCGCAUAUAUCUCCUUGCCCGGGAAUGGUUCCCAGUAUGAACUGAAGGACAACCCAGGCGUCCACCCUGCCACUUUUGGUGCUCACACCACCCCUGGUUAUUACCCGUAUGGACAGUUCCAAUAUGGUGACCCUGGAAGGCCCAAGAAUGCGACCCGGGAGAGCACCAGCACGCUGAAGGCCUGGUUGAACGAGCACCGCAAGAACCCCUACCCGACCAAGGGCGAGAAAUUCAUGCUGGCCAUCAUCACCAAGAUGACCCUCACGCAGGUCUCCACCUGGUUCGCCAAUGCCCGCCGCCGACUCAAGAAGGAGAACAAGGUGACGUGGGGGUCGCGGAGCAAAGAUCAAGAGGAUGGGAACCUCUUCGGGAGUGACAACGAGGGGGAUCCUGAGAAGAACGAAGACGACGAAGAGAUAGACCUGGAAAGUAUUGACAUUGACAAAAUAGACGAGAAUGACGGGGAGCAGAGCAAUGAGGAAGAGGAGGAGAAGGUGGAGCUCCUGAGGCAAAGUAGUGAAGAGGAGCAUUUGGAGAAAGAGAAGGCUUUGCCACUGUCUGGGCCGGAAGGACUUAAGCCCAAAGAGGCCCUGUCUGUGGUGAAGGAGGUCACAGACAAUGCGACCCAAAUCCUGGGCCCCAGCAGACAAAGCAAUCUGCAAGGGGCCCCUCACCACAAACCCAAAAUCUGGUCCCUGGCAGAGACGGCAACCAGCCCUGAUGGGGCCCUCCACAAGCCGACACCUCCUUCGCCUCCCGCCCAGGGGAACCACACGCCCCCCCAGCUCCAGCACCCGGCCUUCCUCCCCAGCCAUGGACUUUACACCUGCCAGAUUGGCAAGUUUCAUAACUGGACUAAUGGGCCCUUCCUCACGCAGAGCUCCUUGUUAAAUGUGAGGUCCUUUUUGGGAGUUAACCACCACCACCACGCGGCGCAUCACAACCACCAUCUCCAGGCCCAACCACAGCCGUCCAUGUUAACGGCGCUCAGCACUGAAAAGCCAUCAGAAAGGACCAGCCCCAAACACAUAGAAAGAGAAAACAUCCCGAGGACUGACUCUCCGCCUCAACCAUUAAAAUCCCCCUUCCGGGCUGUCCGGGACAACUCUUUGAGUCAGCAAGAGGGAACAUCGUGAAUUUUAACAACUCUUCCUUCUGCUUGAUUAAUUUUUUUUUGAGUGGAAAAGAAAAUUUCGCAGACUGUUCUAAAGGACAGAACAAAAAAAAUGGGAAUGCUCUAAAUGACUCCCAUCAAUCUCGUUUUUGCAAUAAGGUGGUACCAAUCCAUUAAAAAAUAGAUUUUUCCA